AUGGAUACCUUAGGCGCGAACACUCAGGAGUCGGAGUCCCUGACCAAGAAACGGAAGUUAUACUCAGACCCUAUUGAUCCCCAGACCGUUCCCUCACCAAGUUCCCAGGACAUUAUAUUGGUGGCAGACGGUGAGCGCGCCGGCCCUUUCCCCCUUCCACAACCGAACCAACCCACCCAUCCCGCCCAACUGUCUAACGCCCUACACUCCUACGGACAUAGCCCCCGACUAGUCCCCGAACUAUACGAGCCAGGACAGAACAUCCGAGAGUGGCUCCAAGACCUAUCUCUCCUCCUAGUGAGCGUCCCUCCUCACGAACACGUAUGCUACCUCUUACGCUUUUUGUCACCCCCCGCCCGUAGGCUAGCGUUUGACGCCGGCCUAACCCCCACAUCUGACUUCCGAAAGGCCUCUGAAGUUCUCUUGCAACUCUUUGCCAGCCCCGACGCAUCGGCCAUAGCGAACCAGCGGUUCGCCACACUAAGACAACGACCCGGACAAUCAGUUGAUGACUUCGCCCACGACCUACGACGUCUGGCCGCUGCGGCUUUCGCCAAUCACCCAGAAACUGAUCGCGACCGGUUCAUUUUACACCAGUUAAUCACCGGCCUUAGGGACCGCACCGCCAGCGGUGUCCUCUUGUUACACCCACCUGCCAGCCUGUCAUCGGCUAUCCAACAAUGUCGGCUCUAUGAAGAGUGUUACCCGAGAGCAAAUGGGCCCACACACCGCACCAACAGCCCCACCCGUACGACUCCCCCACCCAGCAGACGGUCUUCCGCCCUACCAGUAUGA